AUGAAACAGGGAAAUGAUUCCGAUGGGAACAUUAAGAAAGAAGGGGAUUAUACCAGUAUAAAAUAUUUGACCCAUGUCACAAGGUGGGUCACAAAAACUAUAACGGCCAACAAAAAUUUUAGAUCGGUAUCACCAACGUAUUUCUUUAUUUUAUAUUGCUAGUAUUUAUCUUGAUAUUAUUUUUUUGAAAUUAUUGAUUUAAUUAUAAUUAAUGUUACUCUAAUAGUCUAUCAAACACUGAUGUUUAUAUAUUUUCUGUAGUUCUGUAUCGCUAUUGCCUACAUUGCCAGAACAUUGCUCAUCAAAAACUCAGUCCCUGCAACUAACGCUUUGUAUGGAAGACUGAGCGAGAGGUAAUAAUUUUUACUAUAAUUUUAAAAAUAGGUAUCAUAAAGUACAUUAUGUGUUUUGAUUUAUCUGUAAUUAAAAUUAAUAAUUGUAUCACAAAAAAUUGUAAAUCUAAUAAAUAAUUAUUAUUGAAUGAUAAAUCUAAUAAAUGGUAUGAAAGACAAUUCACAAAUGUGAAUUAAGAUUUAUGAGUAGGUACUACAGGAAAUUAUUGAAAAUAUCAAUGAGAUUUCAAAAUUUUAUUUUUAAUUUAGGUAGCAUUAAGCAAUUAUUUUCAUAGUUAAAAAAACUAUAUGAUAUUUAUCUUAAUAAAAAAUGUCCCAACACUGCAUAUAAUUAUUCUAAGAUUUGUGUUUAAUAAAUAAUUUGUUUUUAGGAAUGUGUAG